AUGGCUACCAUAGACGAGAAAUCGCCCGGUAUCGACCACCAGGAUGACCUGCACAACGUCGACACUGCUGUCCACAUUGCCCAUGAGUCCACCGGGGCGAAGAUCUCACCAUGGACCUGGCCCAUGAUUCGCCUCUAUCUCGUUCUGUCUGUUGCGUACCUCUGCGGAGCUCUGAACGGCUAUGAUGGCUCCCUCAUGGGUUCCCUCAAUGGCAUGACUGCCUACCAGCACUAUUUCCACAUGACCACCGAGGGCUCCAGCAUCGGCAUCGUCUUCAUGAUGUACAAUAUCGGCUCCGUCGCCGCCGUCUUCCUCACCGGCCCUACAAACGACUACCUCGGCCGGCGCUGGGGAAUGUUUAUUGGAUCCCUCCUCGUCAUCAUCGGCACAUGCAUUCAAGCCCCGACCAAGACGAGCGCGCAGUUCCUCGGUGGUCGUUUCGUUCUAGGUUUCGGCGUGAGCUUCUGCUGCGUCUCGGCACCGACCUAUGUCAGCGAGAUGGCCCAUCCGGCCUACCGUGGCACCCUAACGGGGCUCUAUAACUGUACUUGGUAUUUGGGUUCUAUCAUCGCUUCGUGGGUGUCCUACGGCUGCGCCUACAUCAACAAUGACAACUUGGCCUGGCGCAUCCCCAUUUGGUGCCAGAUGAUCACCUCUGGCAUCGUGUGCCUGUUCGUCUUCUUCCUGCCCGAGUCGCCCCGCUGGCUCAUGGCCCAGGACAGGCAUGAGGAGGCAGCGAAUAUCCUGACCAAGUACCACGGCGAGGGCGACCCAGACAGCCCCUACGUGCAGCUGCAGAUGAAGGAGAUGGUCCAGCAGAUUUCCAACGAGGCCUCGGACAAGAAAUGGUGGGAUUACCACGAGCUGUGGAAUACCCACUCGGCCCGGCGCCGCCUCAUCUGUGUUAUCGGCAUGGCCUGCUUCGGCCAGCUGAGCGGCAACUCGCUGUCGUCCUACUAUAUGGCAACCAUGCUGAACAACGCCGGCAUCACGGCCGAGCACACCGUCCUGGCCAUCAACGGCAUCAACCCGGCACUCUGCCUCAUCGGGGCAUGUCUAGGCGCGCGCAUGACAGAUGUCAUUGGCCGCCGGCCCCUCCUGUUGUACAGCAUCCUGUUCUCGUCCGUGUGCUUCGCCAUCAUCACGGGCACGUCCAAGGUCUCCCUGGCGGACCCGUCCAACCACGCCGCGGGCAACGUCACCGUCGCCUUCAUCUUCAUCUUCGGCAUCGUCUUCUCGUUUGGCUGGACCCCGCUGCAGAGCAUGUACAUCGCCGAGACCCUCCCGACCGCCACACGCGCAAAGGGCACCGCCCUGGGCAACUUUGCCUCGUCCGUGUCCAGCGUCAUCCUGGCGUACUCGUCAGGCCCCGCCUUUGAGCACAUCUCGUACUACUUCUACAUUGUGUUCAUCUUUUGGGAUCUCUUCGAGGCCCUGAUCAUGUAUUUCUACUUCCCCGAGACCAAGGACCGGACGCUCGAAGAGCUGGAGGAGGUCUUUUCUGCCCCGAACCCGGUCAAGAAGUCACUCGAGAAGAGGAGCGCGCAGACGGUCCUGAACACGAUGAACGUGCAGGUCGAUGGGAAGGAGGUGGUCUGAUGAUGAUGAUCUGGUUCUGGUUCCGCAGACGCGAUCGUCGGUUCCAAAGAUAAUCGAAGGUGGUGUUGUGAGUUGCUCUCCACCUCGCAUCCAUACAUAAUCUGAGACGCAAUUGAACUCUCG